AUGCAGCCCCCCGCAAGACAGUUCUCCUCGGGAUCUCUCGACAACUUCGAACCGGUUAUGGUCACACCAGUCAUUGGAAAUGAAUUUACCAAAGGAACAUGCAACAUUGUGGAUGAUAUUCUUCGCGCGCCGGAUGCCGAGAAACGAAUCCGCGAUCUUGCGAUCAUGAUCGCUGAGCGUGGGGUCGUUUUCUUCCGCGCACAGGACAAUUUAACGAAUGACCUACAAAAAGAGCUCAUCCUCAAAUUGGGCGAACUCACGGGCCGGCCUUCAACAAACGGUCUACACAUCCAUCCAGUCACGAACGAUGCUCGCGAAUUCGGGGACCCAGAUCCCGCUAUCAGCACUAUCAACUCUGAAGGUCGGAAGAAGCUCUAUAAAGGCUCAGACUAUACCAGAAUGGCCGCCGUUUGGCACAGUGACAUCUCGUUCGAGCCCGCGCCUGCGGACUUUUCGUCUUUGCGCUUGACACAGCUCCCGAAGACGGGCGGAGAUACUCUUUGGGCAUCCGGAUAUGAGGUCUAUGACCGAAUUAGCAAGCCCUACCAGAGAUUUCUGGAAACACUUACCGCGACUCAUGAUGGAGAGGGGUUCAGGCGUAUGGCGCAGUCGGGGAAAUUCACCCUUUACGAGAAGCCGAGAGGAUCGCCGAAAAACGUUGGCGGAGAUCUUUAUGCUAUUCAUCCUGUCGUCCGAACGAACCCGAUCACUGGCUGGAAAUCUAUCUUUCCAAUAGGAUCAUUUCCCUCCGUUAUUGAUGGACUAAGCAGAAAAGAAAGUGCAAAUAUGUUGCAAUGGUUCCAUGAUCUUAUCACGUAUGGCCACGAUCUUCAAGUCCGCUUCAAGUGGAACGACCCGAAUGACAUCGCUAUUUGGGACAACCGAAGUGUUUUCCACACAGCGACCGGUGACCACGAGGGAUUCGGCCCUCGUAGCGGUAACCGAGCAGUUGGAGUAGGCGAGGUCCCAUACUUCGAUCCUGGGAGCAAGUCCCGUCGCGAGGACUUGGGAAUUGUGGAGGAUCUGGCCGCUUGCCAUUUGUAA